ACACCAUCUCCAUACCCUAUACCUGAAUAAACCCUCCUCCGACCCCAACCUCCCUUUUCACAAGCAAUCCUCCAAAUACAAGACAGGAUGCAAUCCUGCGAUAUCUGCCGAAAACGCAAAGUCAAAUGUGACCGCCGCACCCCCUGCGCGCGCUGCCGCCGUCUCCGACAACCAUGCACAUACACCGACAUCCUGCGCAAGAAGGGCCCCAAGUUCGUUCACAGUUAUCCCAGUAUCUAUUCCGCUGCGGCAUAUAACACGAACACCUCGACCUCGAGUGAGACGUUGGCGUCUGCUUCGGUUUCGAAUGAGGCGCUGCCAAUUUUGACGGGGGAUCUGGGUUUGGAUAUGGGGAUGGGAAUUGGCAUCGGUAAGGAGGGGUUUACAACUGGUGCAUCUGAGACGAUGACUGGGACUGGGACGACGUCUGAACUCGGCGAUGAGUUGGAACUAGAGCUGGAUUUUGGGAACGCUUCUCCCGCCGAGCAGGACCUGGUGGGACUAGGAUUUGAUCCUUAUUCUGAAGUGAGUUCGGCUACAGGUAUAGAGUGCGCCUUGUCUCUCUAUGCUGUGAAGCUAUAUCCGCUUUUCCCCGUUGUCGACGUCCACGAGCUGCGACUUGGGUUUGGAGUAGGGCAUGGAUGGAAUAACGGGUAUAGCUCGGCUCGAUGCGCGCUACUAUAUUCGAUAUGUGCUGCGAUCCAUGCCUAUCUGGGCUUCAAUUCCAGGUCCUUGGAACAGGAUUUAGGGCAUGGGCACGGACAUGGACAUGGACAUGGACAACUGUGCGAGAAAUAUCUUCGUUGUGCACUGAGGGUCCGAUCUCAGUUCGACCUAGUCCAGAACCAAUCUUACAGGCGAGAGUUUCAAAGCAACAACUGUGCAGGGAGAGACAAAAUGUUGAUAUCCUUUUUCCUGUUCCUGGCAUAUUGGUUUCUCCGCCGGGAAAGGCAUGCUUGGUGGUACCUCCGUGAAUGUAUUUCUCUGCUCCUCUCGCUCCGCAUGCACCGAGAAGACGAGUAUGGAAAGCUUGAGCCCCGAGAAGCCGAGAAGACGCAAAUCAUCUUCUGGACAGUGUUUGUAGUAGAGCGGACGUUCUGUUUACUCCACGACAAGCCAAUAACCCUUCGUCCGUGGAUAGAUCUUCCCGGUCAGCUAAGCGCCUCUGAUGACGAUGGCGUCAUUCCCUGCUUUAUACGUCUGGUGACUCUAUUCCAGGGUGUGGGUGUUGAUCUGUCUGGAGGUUGGACGGCAGCUGGGUUUGUGACACCCAUUACUCUCAGUCUCGCCACUCCAGCAGCACAUGGCCAUGAAGACGCGGAUGCAGGAAUACCGAGCCAGAGAAUUGAACUAGCGGUGACGCGGGAGUGGCUGCGAGCGAAGGUAUGGAAACUGGGAAUCCCAGGUCAGCCGUCGUCCUCGGAAUUCGUGGCGUCCAAAGAAAAUGCACACUGGCGGCUCGAUGAGCCGCUAUCGAUCGGAAGGGACAUCCUCGGAGAAUUGCAAGGCUUAUCAGAUGUUCUGCAAGAUAACUGGAGCGGGAUACUGGACCAGAAGCUGUGCAACAUCUGCGAGUGCUUGUACGACAUCCGGCCAGUCAUGCAGACCAGAGGACGAUCUGGAGAAUCAGAUCUCGAUCAGAUCCUUCGGGGGCUUCUGGAAGUCGUGGCAAAGGUUGGCGGGCAAUUGUUAGCCAUCGGAGAUUAA